AUGAAUCCUCCACCACCUCCCCCGCAUGGGGAGAACCCCAAGUCUUCAGGUCUGCCUAAUGGAAAAUAUGAUAUCUUCAUCAUUCCAGAGCAUUCAGCGGGAUCGGGCUUCCUGUACCUUCCUUCACUCAAACCGAACGUCAACAGUUUUGCCGCAGGGUUUGCGUCAGCUCUGAUACUAGUGGUGGUCGGUUCAGCAUUGGCACCAGCAGUACAGGCGUGGUGGAAUAGUGUGAAAGGUGCUGGAGGAGCAGGUAUGAUAAUGCUCAUGCUAGCAGUCGGUGUUGGUGCAUGGGCAUUGGGGAGGAUACAAACGGAUGGGGGUCCCGGACCGGGUGGAGGAGGCACCAGCGGAUCGAGUCCGAAUUCUGGACCACAUCCUAAUGCGCACUCGAAUGCACAUUCUAAUGGGUACGCAGGUCCCCCUCCGGGUACAGGCCCAAUGCCAGGUGCUGGAUCGAUGCCUGGCGGAGGUGCAGGUGGCCCAAUGCCUGGGGCCGGACCUAUGCCUGGAAGACCAAAACCAUCAUCGUGGCAACGCCCGCCACCUGGAGCAACUGGUGCUGCUGGAGCAGGCUCUCCCGGAGGGAGUGAGCCAAAUGCAAGUACAAAUGGGUCGGCUGGAGCUGGUGGAGCUGCUAGAAGUGCAUGGGAAAAGGCGCGGGAAGAAACCAAAAAGAAGCAAGAAGAAAAUAGAGCCAGAGAAGCAGAAAAGAAACGGAAAGAAGAACUGGAGAAGAGACUUCGAGAAGCUCGAGAAAAGGAGGCCCGGGAACGAGAAGCCCGAGAAGCUAAAAAGAGAGAAGAGGACGCCCGGCAGGCGAGGCAGAAGGCAGAGGAGGAUAUUCGCGAAGCAAAGAAGAAGGCAGACGAAGCUAAGAAAAGAGCAGAUGAAACGCAAGAGCGAGACAAGAAGAGGAGAGAGGAAGAGGUUUUGGACAAGAAGCGGCGAGACCUUGAGAUUCUGGAGAAGAGGUUGAAAGAGGCGAGGGAAAGGGAAACUCGUGAGCGAUUGGCACGAGAACAGAAGAAGAAGGACGACGAAGGAGUCAGCAAGCCUAGGGGAAGUACGUACGCCUUUUCAGCUGUUGGAGAGAAAACAAAUCCUUGGCCUCGGGGACGUCCAAUCACCCCAGAGCCCCCUAGCCCCAACCCUCCAUCACCAACUAAGAGACCUCCUCCACCCACAGCAAGGACGUACAGAGAUGCAGACGAAGACGCGCAUUCUUACCGACCUUACGACAAGCCAAAGAAGCCAAUGCAACAUAAGAAGUCACUAUCCUCCUUGUACUCCGAAUCUUCUUAUGCAGCAUCGCAUUCGACUUCACGAACUACACCUCCUCCAUCACAUAGGGGUCCGUAUAGCACCAAGGAUCCCGACAAAAUUGUUAUAAAGGCCGUAUACUCCUUCAACAACGCCUUCUUGAGGACGCCAACUUCGCAGCUCAUUUCGGGGGUAGGACCAGUAACGGAUGGGUUAAUUCUCAGAAUAACGACAGAGGGUCUGUUUAUCGAUGAUGAUGUCCGUGGCGUCCCACAACGAGAGUGGGACGUCAAGGCUUGGACAAUGAAACUCGUAGAGACAGGUGAAUUGAAGACCGCAAGACUACAUGUCUUGAGAGCCAGCAUCCGUGAUCAAGAAGGUAAGAAGUAUGUCUUUGUCGUACCCGAAGAAGAGAGCUGGAAGGUUGCCAUUGGCCUACAGAGGCUACGAAAGGGAACCCAAGUUAGAGCAUUGGGUGUCAGUGGCAUGAGUGCUGGGGAUGCCAGAUCGACUUUGGAAAACCUGGGUUGGGGCAAUUGA